AUGACGACGCAGCCGUUGCCGCACGAACUGUCCGCCGCCCAAGCCGCCGCCGCCAUUCGCGAGGGGCGCCUGUCGCCCGUCGAGCUGGUGGAGGCGCUGCUGGCUCGCAUCGACGCCCUGGACCCCGCGCUGCGAGCGUGGGUGACCGUCGACCGGGACGGGGCGCGCGCCGGCGCUCGGGCCUCGGCGAUAGAGCUGGAGCGCUCCGGGCCGCGCGGGCCGCUGCACGGCGUCCCCAUCGGCCUGAAGGACAUCUUCUACACCGCCGGGAUUCCGACCAAGGCGGGCUCGCCGCUGAUGGCCGACUUCGUGCCCGAGUACGACGCCCACUGCGUUGCCCUCUUCCGGCAGGCGGGCGCCAUCAUCCUGGGCAAGACGGUCACGACGGAGUUCGCGGACGGCGACCCCUCCAUCACCUACAACCCCUGGAACCGCGAGCACACGCCGGGGGGCUCGAGCAGCGGCUCGGGCGCGGCGGUGGCUGCGGGCAUGGUGGCCGUCGCGACCGGCUCGCAGACCGUCGGCGCGCACGGGCUCGUGCCGGUCAGCGCGUCGACGGACACGGUGGGCAUCAUGGUGCGCACGGUGGAGGACGCGGCGCUCGUGCUGGACGCCAUCGCCGGGUACGACCCCAAGGACCCGAUGGGCGCCUGCCAGAUGGUGGGGGCCUACCACGCCUCGGCAACACGCCUGGGCGCGCCGCCCCGCAUCGGCCUGGUGCGGCAGUUCUUCUACGAGCGGGCCGACGAGGAGAUCCGGCGUCAGACCGACGACGUGGCGCAGAAGCUCGCCGCGGCGGGCGCUAGCGUCGAGGAGGUGGGGCUGCCGGAGCUGUUCGACCAGAGCCCGGAGCACAUCGGCGCGGUGGUGUGGACGGAGGCGUCGGUCUUCCACCGGGAGUGGUUCGCCCAGAACCCCGAGGACUACGGCCCCAACAUCCGCCGCCGCAUCGAGGAGGCGAUGGUGCGGUCGCCGCUCGACUACAUCGUGGCGCAGAACGCGCGGCGCGAGCUGCGGGUCGCCAUGUCGGACGUGUACGCGGCCUACGACGUGCUGCUGAGCCCGGGCACACCCGGCCCGGCGCCCAGCGACCGCUCGACGACGGGCCCGACGUACUUCCAGGCGCCGUGGACGUGGCUGGGCUGCCCGGCCAUCAACAUCCCCACGGGCCUCGCCGAGAACGGCAUGCCGCUGGGCGUGCAGCUUGCGGCGGGGCCGUUCCAGGAGGAGCGCCUCCUCAACGCCGCCGCCUGGUGCGAGCGCACCCUCGGCGUGCGGCUGACGCCGAUAGACCCGCGGUAG